AUGGCAACUACCAGCGGCUACGAUCCAGUGACAAAAAUCUGGAGCUGUGAGGAGCAGAGAUCACAGUUUGGGGAGGACCUGUCCAUGGGUGAAUUAAUAUUCCAAGAGAUGAAACGUCAUCCCAAGGAUAUAGCGCAAAUUUCAGACUCUGAGAAAACGAUCCUCCUGCGGGAAGAGCUUCUAAUGAACGCGAUGCGCAUUGCCAGCUACUUGCGCAACCUUGGACUAGAGCAGAGCGACGUUGUGGGCAUUAUAGCGCGGAACACGACACAUAUCUCGGCUGUGGCAUACGCCUGCUUCUUCAAUGGCAUCGCUCCCCACUCCCUGAACAUUGCCUAUCUGCCGGAAAUCAUCGAAAAGCUCUACAACAUCACCAAGCCACGCAUUGUCUUCUGCGACGGCGAUGAGUACGAGAAAGUGCGUGAGGCCACCGCCAAGUUGGAUGUGAAGAUUGUGACAAUGCGCAACCAUCCGACGAACUCCAUAAGAAUUCAGGAUGUGCUGCAGACACCGGUGGAGGAAGGCUUCCAGCCAGCUCGUCUCAAGUUAGGGAAUAGCCAGCAAAUGUUUAUACUUAGCUCAUCGGGAACCACGGGCACGCCCAAGGCAAUCACAAUGUCCAACUGUCACAAGCUUCUCAAUGGCUUGAACAUGCUGACCACUGCCGAUGUUCAGUAUGCAGCCAGCACUCUGGACUGGGCAUCGGGCAUAGCAGCUGCAAUCAGCGCGGGAGUCUUCAGCACGAAACGCAUCAUUUCCGAGAGAGCCUUCGAUCCUGCCGACACUCUGCGCAUCAUCGAGGAGUACAAAGUCACCUGGAUGAUGCAAGCACCAUCGCAUGUGGCGGCAAUUGUGGGGUGUCCGGCCAUUGAGGUGGCAGAUCUGCAGAGCCUGAGGUACUUCAUGUACACGGGUGGCCGCUGCACGCUGGAAACACAGCUGGCACUUCGGCGUCGCCUGGGCAGGGAUUGCCUGAACUUUGGCUAUGGAUUCUCAGAGUUGGGCUGCUUCUGCGCUGUCAAUUGGAAGUUCGAUGAGAAGCCCAAUUCCGUGGGUCGCUUGACAUCGGGCUUGAAGGUGAAGAUACUCAACGAAAGUGGUGACACCGUGGGACCCAAUGAGGUGGGUGAGGUUUGCGUUAACACGGGAGCCCACUGGCCCGGCUACUACGGCAGCCCGGAGGCGACGAAGCAGGUCUACGACGAAGACAACUGGAUACACAGCGGUGACCUGGGCUGUAUGGAUGACGAUGGUUUCUUGUACAUUGUGGAUCGAAAGAAGGAUCUGCUGAAGUACCAGAGCAACAAGUAUUACCCUCACGAGCUCGAAGAACUCAUCUCCCAAAUGCCAGCCGUGGCUGAUGUUUGCGCCUUUGGCAUCUGGACUGAGACAAAUGGGGACGAAGCUGCUGCCGCUGUUGUCAAGAAGCCGAGUGAGCAAUUGACAGAGCAGGAUGUGGUGGAGCAUGUGGCACGGCAUGCGAAGACCGGGUUCCUGAGACUGCAUGCCGGCGCGCUGAUCGUUGAGCAGUUGCAGCGAAGUGCCAAUGGUAAAACCAAUCGAAUGGCCACCAAGCAACACUUUCUACAGGCCAAGGGGAUUUAA